CCGCGAGCUUGAUUUUGGUGAAAAUUUUGGGGGUUGACGAAAGAGCCCGCCUUUGUGUUCCUGAAAAUUUUGAAAAAAAUCCCCAAAUUUUUGAUUCUUCUUUUUGUGUUUCUUCUCUUCUUCAUAAUCUUUGAAUUAGGGUUUUCGAGUUUCCCAAUUCUGAUAUUUUUUUUUCUCUUUUACCCUUUUUCCCCAUCUUAAUUUGGGUCUAACAUGGCGACUGAAACCCUAGAAGAGAAGAAGAUACCGGAAGUUGAAUCUCCGGCGAAGGAGGAACAAACUGUUGCUGCCAAGGAAGAAAAAGCGGAUUCGCCGAUAAAGGAUGAGGCGGAGAAGAAAGAGGGAGAAUUGGAGGAGAAGAAGGAUAAAGAAGACGAUGUAAAAAGUGAGGAGGAGGAGGAAGAAGAAGAAGAAGAAGGAAGUGGAAGUAAGAAAUCGUCGGAGAAAGAAACGGUGACUCCGACUAGUGACAGACCAACGAGGGAGAGAAAGAAGGUUGAGCGUUUCUCCUUGUCUACUCCUAUGCGGGCUACACCCAGCAAGUCUGUUUCAAUUGGAAAGGGUCGUGGAACACCUCUCAGGGAAAUUCCCAAUGUGGCUCAUAAACUAUCCAAGAGAAAAGCUGAUGACAACCUGAUGUUACUACACACCAUUCUCUAUGGGAAGAAAGCAAAGGCACAGAUGGUUAAGAGAAACAUUGGUCAAUUUUCUGGCUUUGCAUGGUCAGAGAAUGAGGAGGAGAAGCAGAGAGCAAAAAUAAAAGAGAAGAUUGACAAAUGCAUAAAAGAAAAAUUGAUAGUUUUUUGUGAUGUGCUUGAUAUACCUAUAAACAGAAGCAACAUGAAAAAAGAAGAACUAGCUGUCAAAGUGCUUGAAUUUUUGGAAUCUCCCAAGGAAACAAGAGAUGUUAUAAUAGCUGAUCAAGAAAAGCAGGCCAAAAAGCGCAAGAGUACACCAAAAAAGGGGAAAUCUGGAGAAUCUUCAGACACCCCAGCCAAGAGAAAAAGGCAAACAAAAAAGCGAGAUCAGCCAUCUGACACGGAAGAAGGCAAGGAUGAGGGAGAUGCUGAUUCUGAAGGAACUAAUGAUCCUCAUGAAGAAGAUGAUGCGGCGCCAGAGGAAGAAAGUGACCAUGAAAAGACUGACACUGAAGAUGAAAAAGACAAAGCAGAGGAUGAGAAACCAUCCAAAAGGAGAAGCUCAUCGAAAAAGACUGUAGAGGAGAGCUCAGGGUCUAAAGGUAAGGAUAAGCAAGCUUCUGCUAAAGGUUCCGCAAAAUCUGGUGAAAAGUCCUCCAAACAAAUUGCUAAGUCAGCCUCGUCCCCGGCUAAGAAGCAAAAGGUUGAUCCUGUCGUGUCUACUUCUAAAGAGAAAAGCAAGAAACAGCCGAGUAAGCCACAGGCUAAGGGAUCUAAAGAGAAAGGAAAAGCCACUAAGAAAGGCAAAGCCAAAGAAGAGCCUACCAGAGAAGAGAUGCUUGAAGUGGUGUCCAAAAUUCUGAAGGAAGUAGACUUCAAUACGGCAACACUAUCAGAUAUUCUGCAGAAGCUAAGCGAGCAUUUUGGUGUGGAACUAUCACAUAGAAAACCAGAGGUAAAGGAUGUGAUCACAGAUGCCAUAAAUGCAAUGACUGAUGAUGAAGAAGAUGAUGAAGAGGAAAAAGCUGAGGCUGGAAGUGACAAAGAGAAGGAAGAAGAAAAAGGAGAGGGAGACGAGGCUGAAAGUGACGAAGAGAAGGAAGAAGAGGAGAAAAAGGAUUAAGGUUUGGAGUUUUGUUUCUCUUCUCUCAAAAUCUGAUGUGAAGGAAAGCAGCAAUUGUCACACAACUUUUGUGUGAAAUCAGAGGUAAAAUUUAGAGUGUGUCGAAUCUGUACUUUGUACUUUAUGUAAUCUCUAUAGUCUGACUCUCAUUAUGUAGUUUAAGUGUCUUUUUCUUCUUGUGUAGCUGUUACCUGUUAGGUUUUAUUAAUCCUUGUUUUAUUUGAUAGCCAGAUACUGUGGGGAAUUUUACUUCUUUGUUUUACCGAUUUGUGGCUUGUUGUAUCAUGAACGGAACGGUGAACUUGAAACUUUUGUAGGUUAAAAAAGAAAGCCACUCUGUAUC